AAACUAUAUGUAUUUAUUCUCCGCUGCCCUUCUUUGCCCCUUUACCGUGUACAAACUACAAGUAGUAAAGUUAUCGCGUGUGUGUCUAAUGCAAAUGUUGUGUAAAAUCCAUCAAAUUUUAUCAAUCAAAAAAUUUAACAAAUUAUCUUAAAAAUACCGUUAAAAAAUUGAGCUUUAAAGCGUUUAUUUUAAUUGUUGGAUUGAUUUUAAAAAAAUUUAUAAUAUUGCUGUUUUUAGAUAUACUUUUUAGCAGUUAUUUCUGGUAGUAAUUUUUAGUUUUUUUUUUUUUUUAUUAAAGCAAAGAUAUGUGAUUAUCGAAUUUUUAUGUUUAUACGAAAUCAAUUAAUAUUAAUGACUUGAAGCCCUGCCUUAAAAAUUAUUCCAAUUCGUAGAAAGUAAAAAUAUCUUUGGUCGUAAAUAAAAAAUAAAAAAAAAUAAAAAAUCAUAAUAAUAAAGUUGUUGAAUAUAUCUACCGCUAAGUUUUGAGUACACUUGACCAUCGAACUAGCAGAGCAAUAACAGGGGGAAAUUAAUAUAUGGAAAUGAAUAUCUUGGUGUACAGUGGCAUACAGAUUGCGACCUGCGCAUGAAUCAAUGCGCACAUCUAAUUUUUAUAUUUUGUGUUUUUGAAUAAUUUGAUUUAAAGUUUUAAGUCUGUUUCGGGCCCACCUUUGAAUGGUACGUUAGACGUUAUUAGCGCUUCCUCAAAUUUUUUUCUAUAUUAAUUUAUUUUUUGACGAAAUAAACUUGUCAUUUAUUAAUAUUUGAAUUACGAUGGCUUUAAUCAAGUGUUGCAUAGUUUUUGUUAUGUUGUGUUUAUGUUUAUUAUCAAUUGAAGCAAAUAAUUUUGCGGAAACUGAAAAAUCUUUAAAUCAAGAUAAUGUACAGAGUAGUAUUUCUGAGGGCAGAACAUUUGGUCAUAAACGAACACAAUUUAUGCUGAUACCACUUAUAUUUAAAAUGGGAGUUAUGAUGACGUUGAUGGUUUUUCUGACAGUUAUUUCCAUGAAAGGUUUAGCAGUUGGAGUAAUGCUGCUUGUUCUUAAAUUGAGUGCAAUUUUUGGUAAGUUCUAUUCAUUAAUAAAUACACAGAGUCAUCAUCAAUCGCCAAUUCCACCACAAGCCCUGCAUCUGUUUGUUCACAAUAAUGGAGAUCACCAUAAUAAUUUACCAUACAAUGGUUGGGAAAAUCCAUCUGUUCCUGCCAAUGAUGAUAGCUACUAUUACAAAGGAUAAAAUUUUGGAUUCAAUCAAGUUUCGUUAAACAUAAAUAUUUAGAUAAACUUUGUUGAUCAUUAAACAAAGCUUUUAUUAAAAUUUGUUAACAACUAAUUUUAUUGUACUGCAGUCGUGUCUGUUUACUCUAUAAAAAGCAUUCGAAAAGAUUUGAGGUCUCAGGAAAUAUAAAAAUAAUAUAAAAUAAUUUAAUUUUUUUACAAUCAUGCUAUAGAAUAUUAAUUUUUUAUUUGUUUUCGAUAUUGUUUAUCAUAAAAACAAGCUAACUAAAUGACUCGAAAAAAAAAUAUCAUUUAAAGUCACGGUAGUAAUUUUAUUAAAUACAAAGAAUUUUUAAACAAUAAAAAAAACCGCUAUUAAUAGUCUACUAAAUCAGCUUUU